AUAAAUUGUACAGCUCCGAAAUUGAUACAUUUUGAAAUGAAAGCAAACUCCUUUACCAACAUGGCAUGCUCAAAAAUAUUUUCAGGAGAUUUACCUGAACUAACCUAUAAAAUUAUACAGUAUUUUAGAAAAGAUAUUUCAACAUUAUAUUCAUUUAUUUUAGUUAAUAGAUUAUGGUGUCGUUUAACCAUUCCAUUAUUAUGGGAAGAUCCAUUUUCACUUCCUACCCAAAAUUAUCGUUGUAUUAAAACUUAUUUCUGCUUUUUAAAUGAAGAUGAUAAAGCAAGAUUUAAUAAAUAUGAAAUUAAUGAUAAUUUAUUUCUUACAAAUCCAUUAUUCAAUUAUCCUAGUUUUAUUAAAUACUUAGAUAUAAGUAAAAUUUGUCAUUAUAUUAAAUAUUGGGUUGAUACUUUAGUAGAUAAAUCCGAUAAUAGGUUAGGAAAUUUAGUUUAUAGUUUAUUAUUUGAAGUGUUCAUUGAAAAUGAAAGGAAUUUACAUUCUUUUGAAGUUGUACAUCCUAGGUCUUAUGGUUAUAAUUAUUUUGAUGAUAAUAUAUACUUGAUUUUACAAAAUCCAAAUCUUAUAUAUGAUAUCAGAAAUUUAACAUUCCAUAUUUAUAAUAAUGAUUUAUAUCAAAAUAUUGCAUUUUUAGAAUUUUUAUAUUCUAAUUGCAAAUCAAUCCAAAUCAACAGGUGUUACUUAAACCUGUAUGGUAUGGUUUUUUAUGUAUGUACUGUAUGGUAUGUAUGGUUUUACGCAGUAUAGUUUUCAAUCUAUGUAUGAAAAUCCAUACAGACUUGCAAUAAACCAUACAUGUAUGAAUUUUUAGCAUACAAAAAAUAAUAAUACAUGACAAUCUACUUAAAAGUUAUUUAUUUUAAAUAAUUACAAAUACUUACAUCAUUAAAACAUGCCAUUGGGUUUGACCAACCUGAAAUAUUGAAAAUGGUAGCUACUCCCUGUGGUGAAGUUUUUGGGUAUUCAAUAGGAGAGGCUGAAUAAAUGAUUUCUGAAACUGAAAGAUGUUUAGUUAAAAAUGCCACUUGUUCAUCUUCAUCAUUA